AAAUCCCACUUUUCUCAUUUUUUUCUCCCUCAUUCUUGUUUCUUCCCACUUUUAUUUUUCUUUCUCCCCAAUUUCCAAAUCUAAAUCCUAAAAGGCUAAAACCCUAGUUCCAAACCAACGAUUGCAAGCCUCAAUCUAUCUAAUCAGCAGCAACGAGGAAGGCGAUUGCCGUUGUGUCGCCAAGCAAGAAGCUCGAACAGGUUUGCCAUUACAUCUCAUAGUCUUGGUCUCACCGUCGGCUUCUGUGUGUAUGAGCGGCGCCUAUGAGGAGAAAAUGGUUCUUUAAUUUUGCAUAAGUGAUUAUCCCUGAGGCAGUUGGGAAGGAAGGAUGCCUCUUUAUGACUGCAUGCUUUUGUUGAAACCCAAUGUAACGAAGGAGGCCCUCAUGGAUUUGGUUUCACGGGUAGGACAGCAUGUUUACAGAAGAAAUGGAGUAUUGACUGAUCUGAAGUCCUUUGGAACUGUUCAAUUGGGUUAUGGAAUUAAGAAACUGGAUGGACGAUACUAUCAGGGACAACUGAUGCAGAUGACAAUGAUGACACCACCCAGCUUCAACAGUGAACUUUACUACCUGAACAAGGAAGACAGAUUGCUGCGCUGGCUCUUGGUUAAACACCGUGACAUGAAAUUCGGAAUGGAAUUUUUUGGCGAAGAUGAUGCUAAAAGUGAGCUUAGGAGUUUCAGGAGCAAUUUGUAUGAUGAUGAGAACAUUGAAGAGGAUGAGGAUGACGAUGAUGAUGAGCAUGAAGGCGAUAUGCAAUCUGAAAUAAAAGAAGGAUGAUGCGGCCACAUGUCUUUGAAGUUCUUUUUUCACUCUACCAGGCUACAACUGCACGAGCCAGUGCUAUGAUCAAAUGAAAUAUGUGGCUGUUUCAUAAUGAGUGGCUUCAACAAUCGUUAGGCAUUAUAUUUUAGAUAUGAAUUUUUAGCACAAGUAUCUGUAUAAGAUGCUUAAACCUGACAGGAUCAAUUCUCUAUUUCUGUGUUCGUUUAUGACUUGGUAAUUGUUCGGUUCUAUUUUUUAGGAUGUUUUUCUUUGUUUCUGAAAGCUAGAUGAUAAAGAUCGAGAUAAAUGUUUAUGA